AUGUGUCUCUCACAUUUAAGUAUCCGGGGACUGGAAGGUGUUCCGUCAUGGUUCCUGUAGUACUUGUGAUUUCCAUGACUGUAUAUGGAGGUAUAUCAUCCAUCGCCAGUGCGCAAAAACCUAGUAAACUGGUUCAGACUGGUCUUGUUCCCGUGGAUUGCAGUACCAUCCACAAAGCUUGGCCGAGGGGACCAAGUGGAGUUUACCGGAUCUACCCAGCAGGCGGUCAAGGUCACUCAGUAUACUGUGACAUGACCUUGGAUGGUGGAGGUUGGACGGUUUUCCAACGAAGAAUCAGUGGGUCGGAGAAUUUCAAUCGAAAAUGGGUGGAAUAUAAACGCGGAUUCGGAAAUGUGAAAGCGGAGCAUUGGUUAGGUAAUCAAGCUUUGCAUGAAAUCACGGUCCACGGUUUAUACGAAUUAAGAAUAAAUUUUGAGGACUUUGAAGGAAAUACGAGAUUUGCGAAGUACAACUACUUCCGGAUUGGUAACGAAGCUGGCGGAUAUCGAUUAUCGUUUUCUGGUUACAUAGGAAAUGCAGGAGAUUCGUUGGCCUACGCACAGGGUGUACGAUUUUCCACCUUCGACCGCGACCAAGACACACAUCGCAACAAUUGUGCCAAAAGUUAUAAAGGGGCAUGGUGGUUUACAGCUUGCUUCCAUAGCCAUUUGAAUGGUAUUUAUUAUCGAACUGGACGACAGUCAAGUGCACAAGGUAUCGUGUGGUCCAGCUGGAGAGGUUACCAUUACUCCCUCAAAUCUACGACCAUGAUGCUCAGGAGGCAUCACGUGACAAAAUUCAGAUGAAAUGUGUUAACAGUACAUCUAUUAAAUUUGUAUAGCCAUUAUA